AUGAGCGAGCCUCUGGCGCAGCAGAUCAUUCUGCUGCAAACUAUCGAGCGAAGUCUCACCAAUUUUAAGAAGAUCGGCAAGAACAAUUACACUGCCGCUAAAAUUCGGCAACGGAUCGGAAUCUUGAAGGAGAACUGGACGACCUGUGUGAACAAACACGCCAACCUCGUGCAGAUCGUCCCACUAGAGCAACGAGCCAACAUCAGCUACUUCCGAGACGCCGAGUUCGAGCGUCACCAGAAGAUUUACGAAGGCACGCUGGACUACAUGGCCGACUGCCUCGAGGAGCUGGAGCCUGCACCAUCGAUGUCAUCGUCUCCGCUGCAUCCGAUGAGUACAAUAGAUCGUCCAUCUUUCUCGCUCACGCAUUUACCGCCGAUUAAACUCCCGCCCUUUUCCGGGAACCUCGAUGAAUGGGAAUCUUUUCGAGAUCGAUUUACUUCGCUUAUUAUUCAAAACCAAGAUCUCACUCCCUUUUCGCGUAUGCAUUUUUUAGCCUCAAGCCUCACCGGUCGCGCGUUAGAUACCAUUAAAUCUAUUCCGAUUACUGCUACGAAUUUCGAGAUCGCGUGGAAAACACUCACCUCACGCUUCGAUAAUAAGCGCCGAUUAGUCGAAGUGCAUGUAUCCGCCUUAUUCGAUCUUCCGACGGCUACGCGCGAGUCCGCGUUCGAACUCAACGAACUUCGCGACAAAGCGAAUCGGGCUAUCGCCUCGCUGAGAGCUCUUCAGCGGUCGCCCGAGGAGAUGCUCAGUGACAUUCUCGUUCACUGCGUGUCGCAAAAAUUGGAUCAUGCUACUCGGAAGGCAUGGCGCUUGAAAACCGGUGAGGACCCGCAAAUUCCGUUGUUCAAAGCUCUCGAUCGGUUCCUCGAGAUGCGUGUUCGCGCGCUUGAAGAAUUGUCACCGUCGACAGCGGAAAAAAUGCGUGGGCAAAAGGUGUCAAGCGCGUCAGCGACCGUUUCAAAACUCGCGUGUCCUUUGUGUCAAACUGCGCAUUUUUUGAGUAAAUGCCCGCAAUUCUUGAAGAAGACGCCGAGUCAGCAAUCUGAACUCAUUAAAUCAGCACAUCGCUCAAUCCAAACUCAACGACCGUGUUACACGUCGGAUAAAAAAGAAAACGACUCAGUAACGGCAUUAUUUUCUACUUCGACGGUAACCGCGCGCAAAAAUGUAUUACUCGCGACUGCCCGUGUUGCUGUUUUUUCGCCGUCGGGUCGUACACUCAACGUGCGAGCGUUCCUCGAUCAAGGCACAGAAAUUACCUUUAUCACACAGCGUCUCGCUCAAAAUUUAAAAUUACAACGUGUUCGAUUGCCUCUUUCGAUUUCCGCCGUCGGUGGCGUAGAUGCGGGCACUUGUCGUUUCGCCGCUCAAGUCAAGAUCGCUCCGAUCAAUUCUAACUCACCGGUGUUAACGACGACCGCGUCGAUACUCAAAGUUUUAACUAAAUACUCGCCAUCAAAGGCAUUCUCUCUGUGCGAUUGGAGCUAUCUUCAGGAUCUUGCGCUCGCGGAUCCGACUCCCGUCAGUGCCGAAUCUAUCGAACUCAUCAUCGGUGCGGACCUUUAUCCCGAAUUAUUACUCGACGGUAUUCGGAAAGGAACGAGCGGACAACCGAUCGCCCAGCGGACGAUCUUCGGCUGGGUCCUCUCAGGCCCCACGUCGGAUUCCGGUGCGCCGCAUCGAUCGGUUACCGUGCAGCAUUGCGCGAGCGCGGAUACUAUCGAUCGAGAACUCAGAUGCUUCUGGGAAGUCAAAGAAGUGCCGCGUCGCGCGCUUCUCAGCCCAGAAGAACAACAGUGCGAACAGCACUUCGCACAAACACAUUCGCGCGAUGCUGACGGUCGGUACGUCGUGCGUCUGCCGUUCAGGCGCGAUCCACCAAUCGACAUUGGUAAAUCGCGUUUUAUCGCCGAGCGUUCACUCUCCAGUCUUCACCGACGAUUUCGGUCGAACGCUGUUCUAAAAUCCAAAUACGUCGAUUUCUUGCGCGAAUACGAAGCGCUCGGUCAUAUGCGUCAAGUUCUGGACUCAGUGCUUUCCGCUCAGCACGUAUAUAUUCCGCAUCAUCCUGUCAUCCGAGACAGUAGUCUCACUACGCGAUUGAGAGUCGUUUUUAACGCGUCAAGUCGAACGACAAACUCGACUUCGUUAAACGAUCAUUUGCAUGCAGAUCCGAAACUCCAGACGGAGUUAUCUGCAGUGAUCUUGCGAUGGCGGCAAUUCCGGUAUGUAUAUGCGACGGACAUCGCGAAGAUGUAUCGCCAAAUCCGUGUUGACUCUCGUGACAUCGACUUCCAGCGAAUCUUAUGGAGCGCCGACUGCUCAGAUACCGGGCAGGCCUAUCAACUGACCACGGUUACUUACGGGACAGCGUGCGCGCCCUUUCUCGCUCUUCGGGUUAUAAAACAGCUCGUGACGGACGAAAGCAGCUCGUUUCCUCUUGCCGCGCCGGUCCUGCAUGAGAACAUCUACGUCGAUAAUGUUCUGUUUGGUGCCGAUGAUAUUCCGCUUCUCAAACAAACGCGCGAUCAGGUCUGCACUUUGCUUGGUCGAGGACGGUUCGAAUUGAGAAAAUGGUCGAGCAAUUCCGCUGCUCUGCUGAACGAUAUCGAGGUCGACAACCACGGCCUCGCGUGCGAUCGCACUCUUCGAAUCGACGAACAUCUAAGAAUCUUAGGCAUAAGCUGGAGCCCGUCUUCCGAUAUGUUCCAAUUUACCGUAACUCAUAUUCCGUCCGUUUCAAAAACCAAGCGGUCAAUACUCUCGUACGUUGCCAAAUUGUUUGAUCCAAUGGGGUGGUGCACUCCAGUAACAAUCGCUGCCAAGAUCUUUAUGCAACAAUUGUGGCAGCUUAAACUCGACUGGGACGAUGUCCUUCCGACUGACGUCCUGCAAAAGUAG